AUGCCGCCGCGCUCUUCCUCGGCGUCCGGCAUGCGGAGCAUCCGCCGGGAGCUCCAGCGCAGGAGGCCCAAGCCCUUGGCGCCGAGGAGCUCAGCUGCCAAGAGGCCGCCGCCGCCGCAUGAGGAGGGUGAUCGCUACACGGGCCCGGAGCCACGCCCUUGUCCACCGCGCCAGGAGGAUCCAUCGCCCAGCACCUCAAAGUCCCCGCCAGGUUCCGCUGGCACCCACGCGGCGCCGCGGUCUCGGCCUCACCCUUCGCCGCGCCCCGGUGUCAUCUCUCCCUGCACGCCGCCGCAGCCCCGCUCCGCCCCACCCUCGGUCGACUCCGCGUGCCCGACCACCCUCGGCACCGACGAGAAUCUCAGGCCCGGGACGGCGGUUGGUGUCCGCACGAGGACCACGACGCUCAAGACCGGGGAGGUUCUGGUGUUCUGGCUCAGAGCGAUGAUCGUGUCGCCCACUCGCGGAGGCUACGAGGUCGUCUACGACCGCAACUGGCCGCCCGGGGACCCCUACGGCACCGUCCCCGUCCCGCGCCGACACGUCAGGACGAUCAAGCCCUCGUCGUCGCCGACUACGCCGGCGCCAUCCCUACCUUCGUCCAGCAACCCUAGAUCGUCCGCCUCCCACACCACCGCCACCGCUGCCGCCGCGCGAAACAAGGAGACGCGGCCCGCGCCGAGGUCGACCACGGCGGGGAAGAGCCUGCGCCUCAUCCGCAGCCUCUUGCCGGAGAUGGAGCGCCAUGUCCAAGUGCCUAGCCAGGAUACUAGCUGGCUGCUGCUCGGUUCCACUUGA